AUGCAGGUGUAACCUGGAUGAGUCUGCUUGGAAAACAGCAAAGCUAUGACAAAGGUGCCAUGGGAACUUCACUUGGGGGCUGCAGGCAGAGAAAAGCAUGUUCCUCCAUGUUUCUGUCAGCAGCACUGUCAUUGUGCAAUCACCUCAGUGACUGAGAGCACACUUGAACCUCCAGCAACUGAGAGUGGAAAAGGUGUGACUGCCUCUUGGAAAACUGGCUCCAAGUAUUCCCAGUGUGGGGAUAUGAAAACAAUCCAUGGGUAAAUGUGCAGCAGCCUGGGGCUCAUGGGAGAAGAGCUACAGUGCCCCUGAGCUUGGUGUUUGUGAGGCUGCACCUUGAAUCUUGUGUUCAGUUUUGGGCCACUCACAGCAAGAAAGACAUUGAGGUGCUGGAGUGUGUCCAGGGAAGAGCAGUGGAGCUGGGGAAGGUCUGUAGCAUGAAUAUGAUGAGGAGCUGAUGGGGAGCUGGGAGGGCUCAGCCUGGAGAAAAGGAGACUCAGGACCAGGACUGUUAUCACUCUCUGCAACUCCCUGACAAUGAGGGUGGAGCCAGGUGAGGUCAGGCUCUGCUCCCAAGUAACAAGUUACAGGAUGAGAGGAAACAGCCUCAAGUUGUGCCAAGGAACAUUUCAAUGGGAUACUAGGAAAAAAAUUCUUCACAGAAAGGACUUUCAAGCACUGGUACACAGGCUGCCCAGGAAAGUGGUGGUGUCACCAUCCCAGAAGUGUUUAAAAAAUGCAUGGUUGUGGCACCUGGGGACAUGGUUUAGUGGUGGAAUUGGCAUUGUUAGUCUAAUUGUUGAAAUCAGUGAUCUUAGAGGCCUUUUCCAACCUAAAUGAUUCCAUAAUUCUGAGGACUUUACUGCUCAGCUUAAGAUUUAAACCAUGCAAGAACAUUUCAGAGCAAAGGAAGCACCUGAAUCCCCUCUUAGGAGCUGGACCAAGAUCCUUUCCAGAGGCUUGGGGACAGCAGCAGCCCUUGUGAUGAGACUGGGCUGCAAGGCAGUGAGACUGGUUUCUUUCCCCUCUGCCUCUUCCUGCCAGGCUGGACUUAGACUCCUGGUGAAGCAGUGCUUGUUUAAACUGUAAUAAUCAAUAAUGCGGUGUGUGGCCCCACAGCAAAGUCAACAUGACAAAGUUACAGCUCCAAAACAGUGAAAGGCUACUCAAAUGAGGUGACACAGCAAAAAUUCGAGACUUAAAAUGUUAAUUGUUUGUUUUCUGACACUAUCUGCUUCUAAGUCACUGUGGAGGUUUCAAACAGGCUGUGGGUGAUGGCCUUAUCCACCACCUAGAGGAAGAAAACCAUGGAAGUCUGUUUGGAGGAUUUGAGCUCUGGUGCAUCUGUUGGCAAGUGUAGUUGAGGUCUGUAGUCAUUGAAAAGGAAAUACUGAAAUGAUCUAUGGAGCCUGAAUGCCAGUCCAGCCAUGUGGGAGAUCCUCAGUGAGAGAUCAGUCUGAGAUACUGAAAGGCCCAAAGCUUUGUAGUGCUGGUAAGUGGUAGGAAUUCACAAGGGAAAAGAAGUGUCUCAACCCAAUAUGGAAAAUUCAAAAAGUAGACAGAGAUCUAAUUAACCAAGGAAACAAAAUGGGAAAAAAUUAAUUGCAUUGAACUUAAGGAGAGGCUCAGAAAACAGGCUGGAGUGGGCAGGAGGAAAUCAGCUGCUGCCAGAGCAUGGAGACACCCUUGGCAUUGCCACUGGAAGGAAGCUGUUCUGUUAAUCCUGCUGCCAAGGUAUUCUGGGGCACAAGAUGUCAUGUGAGCAGCCUGUGCAAGGCCUCUGGGACUCAACGUAGGAGGACAAGGGGUGGCAAGAGGUUUCUGGGAGUGGGUCUUCACUUACAGUGGGACAGAAACACAUGGUGUACACACACACUUGAUCCACCCUGGCGAUCUUGUAAUGCAUCACUUGAGGUACUGACCAGCACUGGGCUCCACUGGUGGUAGCACAGAACAGUCAGUGCCUCGUGGCAAUAGCUGAGGUGGAGAAUAGGCUUUGAGCAGGGCAUUUCCAUUGCAGGUAAAUAUCCCAGGUGCCUGAGUCCUCUGUGGCUCUGAUCAAAGGGACAGCUCAGCUUAGGACAGCACCCCAAGGGAUGGGGUGCAUGACCUGCAGCAUGGUGCUGUGCCAUGUCCCCACCUUUCUGCCAGGACACCACGCUGGGUUUGCUCUCCCACUCCACAGGUCUUUGGCUCCACAAUGAGGGAGAGGUUAUUGUCUUGGAAGAAGGAGGAGCAAGGCAGAGAACAUUUGCUCAGGGUCACCUGAGGCGCAGCUUGGUACAAUGUGCAAAAACCAUCAAGCCCACAGGAUGCUCGUGAAUGUGUCAAGCCCACCUGAGCCAUGGAGCUUCCCACAUCAACCCACAUGCUGCUCUCUCCCUCUUCACCCACAACAGCCCCACCUGGCUUAUGGCAUCAGGUUACCCUGAAAGGAAUGCCUAAUUUUCCUGGAAAAACCAAGUAAUUUUGCUGUUAGGUAACAAGGAUUGGUCCCCAGCCAGGACAUAUGUCCUGGAGCUCAAAGAGCUGGAGCAGUUGCUCCUCCCAGAGAGAAGCCACCAUUAGAGCAAGCUGUGAGUGGGUGGGGUGGGACAUUCUAAAAGGAAAUACUAGAGAGCUGAGUAAACAGUGUAAGCUGGAGUGAAGAGAGAAGCAGCAUGGCAGAGCUUUGUGUCAGCUCCGUUCUGGUGACUGGGGCCAACCGGGGGCUCGGCCUGGGGUUUGUCCAGCAUUUCCUGAGGAUGCCAAAACCACCUCAGUGGAUUUUUGCGACCUGUCGGGACCCCAAGGGACAGCGAGCACAGGACCUACAGAAUUUGGCAUCCAAACAUCCCAACCUGGUCAUCAUCGCACUUGAAAUUGCCAACCCAGCCAGCAUCAAGGCAGCUGCAACCAAGGUUGAGGAGCGCCUGGGGGGCUCUGGGCUCAACCUCCUCAUCAACAAUGCUGCAAUGGUCAAGCCUAAGAUGCUUGAGGCUGAAACACUGGAGGACAUGACUGAGACUUACACCACCAACACAGCUGGACCCCUGCUGAUGGGCCAGGCAUUUCUGCCCUUGCUGAAGAAGGCUGCCCAGGGGAGCCCAGGCUCAGGGCUGAGCUGCAGCAAGGCCGCCAUCGUCAACAUAUCCAGCAUUGCCGGCUCCAUCGCUUCUGCCUUUGCUUGGGAGUUGAUGCACGUCACCUCGUACCGCUGCAGCAAGGCUGCUCUGAACAUGCUGAGCAAGUGCCAGUCCCUGGCGUACAAGGAGCACGGCAUCCUCUGCGUCGCUCUCCACCCCGGCUGGGUGCAAACCGACUUGGGCAGCUCUGCCGGAGGCGUGCCCCCCGUGACAGUGGAUGACAGCGUGCAAGGGAUGCUGAAGGUCCUCUCCUCCCUCUCUGAGAAGGACACCGGCACCUUCCUGGACUGGGAAGGGAAAGUCAUCCCCUGGUGAGACACCACUGCAGGAUCCUGGCAGCCAUGAUGUCCCUUUGGCACUGCUCCCACCUCCCCUGCAUCCUCAAUAAACUCCUGCUGAGACCCCCA